AUGCACAAACAUUUCCAAGAAAAUUAUCCUUCAAUGACAGUAUCCUAUGCUGUGUACCGACAAGAAGUUGCCGACCAAAAUAUAUCUUUCGUUAAACUUGGGCAUGAGGAAUGCUGUCAAAAAUGGAAUACCCAUAUACAGAGGGCAAAUCUUUCAAGGGAAGCUUAUCAACAAGACAGCAAAUCUGACACUGAACCUGGUCGUUUGAUUGUAUCUGCUGACCUUCAAAAGGUGAUAAUGCUGCCUCGCCUUGACAUGUUUAAAGAGGUAAUUUUUACACCAAUAAUUAUUGCAUUUAAUGAGUCUUUUGUCCCUGUCGAUUCCAAUAAAGAAAAGCUGUGUGCUAUCUUGUGGCAUGAGGCGAUAUCUGGAAGAUCAAAAUCUGAUAUCACAUGCGCAUUCCACAGAUUUUUGUCACUAAAUCAAGAUGCCCAAAAAAUUAUAUUCUGGCUGGACAAUUGCAGUGCACAGAACAAGAAUUGGGGAUUGUUUUGUUUUUUCGUCCAUAUGAUCAACUGCAAUGAUAUUGCUGCCCAACAAAUUGACCUUAAAUACUUCGAGCCAGGACACACCUUUAUGAGUGCCGACUCAUUCGACCACCAAGUGGAGCAUUCAUUAAAAAAAAGGAAAGGUUUAUGA